CCACUCUAAUCUCUGAUUGAUUGCUUCUAGCUAGCUAGCUAGGCGCCGCCUCACCCUGCUGCACGAGCACGGCGGCCGCCAGCACGCCGCCAUGGCGGGCGCCGCGGCGGAGCGGAAGGUGAGGGUGGCGGAGCUGGCGCUGCGGGCGCUCCUCUGCGGGCUGGCGGCCCUGGCGGCGGCGCUGGUGGCCACCGACGCCCAGACCCGGACCUUCUUCUCCUACCAGAAGAAGGCCACCUUCAGGGACAUGAAGGCCAUGGUGUUCUUGGUGGUCGUCACCGGCGUGGCCGCCGGGUACAGCCUGCUGCAGGCGGCGCGGUGCUGCUGCUGCUGCGGCGGCCUCCAGCCGCCGGCGCGCCGGCGGGCCCUGGCCUGGUGCGUCUUCUCCUGCGACCAGGCGCUGGCGUACGCGGUGCUGGCGGCGCUCGCCGCCGCGCUGCAGGCGUCGGUCAUCGCCAAGCGCGGCCAGCCCGAGCUGCAGUGGAUGGGGAUCUGCGCCAUGUACGGCGCCUUCUGCAGGCAGGCCGGCGCGGGGCUCGCCAGCGCCGUCGCGGCGGGGCUCGCCGCCGUGCUGGUCGCCUUCAUCUCUGCCUUCAACCUCUUCAGGCUCUACGGCAGCAAGACCGGCGGCGGCGCCGGCGCGACGUGGUAGUGUGUAGCUUGAGCUUAUUGCUAGAUCUAGUGCGUGGCUUCACUGCUUCGCGAAAUCGAGACCAGGUGCUUCGUUCUCUUGCAAUGCAAGCGUUGCAGGGACGAUGUGCACUCAACGAAGCUCUGCUUCAUGGCGGAUCUUGAAUUCUCGAUGCGUUAUCUCCUCAACGAACAACUCUGAGCUUUCUUGCUGCAAAGAAUGUUAGUUGCAUGUCCCAAUGAGAUGGAUUGACGUGCAUAUA